UACGGCUUUCCCGCGCGCUACCUGUCAUUGUGACAUUCAAAUUGGCGGGAAAUUGUCCAUUGAGAAAAACUAUUCUUUUUAAAUUAUUAUUUUUCCAUUUGAGACUUUUAUAGUUUGUUAACGUUCCAUACCAGUCGAUUUCUUAAAUGUAGAUUGUAGUCAAGGUUGACUUUGCACGUGUGACCAGUGAUAAGCGCUAAAACUCGAUUAAUAUUAGUUUACCGUGUAGAGUGCAACAAAUUUACGAACAAAAUGAGUUUCGGUGAAAACAUUUUGGCGGGAGAACGAGAGAUGAAAGAAAAGUGUGGAUAUGACAACCCAGGCUUCGUUUUAUCUGAAAAAAAUGUUUGGAUUCCAAAUGCGAGAGCGGAAGGCAGGAACGGCGCGAUGGGUGACGUCGGCGUGUCCCAGUCCGUGUUGGUGGAGCCCCGCGGGGACUCCGGCCGCAAGCUGCCGCAGUACAUCGCUGCUUUGUCAGCUACCCUCGGAGCGUUGGCUGCCGGUUCGAUGCUCGGUUGGUCUUCACCAGUAAUGUACAAGAUAUUCCAACCGAACAGCACUGAAUACGACUUCACGAUCACCGAGUCCCAACGCGACUGGAUCUCAUCGCUCAUCAACCUUGGUGCUGCCGCUGUCUGCUUCCCUAUUGGUCUGGUGAUGGACUCUAUAGGACGCAAGAAAACUAUGUUGCUCCUCGUCCUACCCUUCACUUUAGGCUGGUUACUCAUAACUUUCGCCAGAAACGUCGGUAUGCUCUUCGCUGGAAGGUUCAUCACUGGUAUAGCCGGCGGCGCCUUCUGCGUCACAGCUCCAGCGUAUACCAGUGAAAUCGCCCAAGACGCCAUCCGAGGAACGCUUGGAACAUACUUCCAACUCAUGAUCACUGUUGGUAUUCUAUUCUCCUAUGUCGUUGGAUCUUACACAUCUGUUUUCGUAUUCAAUAUUCUUUGUACAUGUAUACCUAUUGUGUUUGGAAUUAUAUUCUUCUUCAUGCCAGAAAGUCCUAGCUUCUUGGUAAUGAAGAAUCGUAAUGACGAAGCGAAGGAAGCACUGACUCGACUUAGAGGCCGGAGUUACGAUGUUGACGGUGAAUUGGACAACUUGAAGUUCAAAGCGGAACAGAACAGUAAUAGCCAGACCUCAUUCCUUUCUAACAUCACAAAGAAAACUGCCCUUAAAGCUCUGCUGAUUUGCUACGCUUUGAUGUUGUUCCAACAGUUGUCUGGUAUCAAUGCCGUCUUGUUCAAUACGUCUACGAUAUUCAGCAGUGCGGGCGCUGCAAUUCCGGCAGAAAUUGCCACAAUCAUCAUCGGUGUCAUUCAAGUCAUAGCUACAUUCAUCUCUUCCGUGGUCGUCGACAAACUCGGCAGGAGAAUCCUCCUUCUUUUCUCAGCUCUGGUCAUGUGUCUGUGCACAACCGCCCUUGGAGUCUACUUCUUCUUGCUGGAGAAACACGGAGCCGAUGCCGACAUCCUCAAGACCAUUUCUUGGCUGCCACUGCUGUCUCUUUCUCUGUUCAUCAUUGCGUUCUCCUUCGGUUUCGGCCCGAUCCCUUGGAUGAUGGCUGGAGAGCUCUGCCUGAUUCAAAUCAAGGCGUUCGUUUCUUCCACAGCUGGCACCUUCAACUGGCUUCUUAGCUUCACCGUCACGAGCACGUUCAACUCUUUGAACCAAGCCAUUGGGUCAGGCCAAGUGUUCUGGUUAUUCGCCGGAAUCAUGCUUCUAGGAUUCAUCUUUAUCUUCUUCAUUGUCCCAGAAACUAAAGGCAAGAGCGUGGAUGAAAUCCAACUCAUGUUAGGCGGUGAACCGCAGCCUCAGAGAGCCAAUGACACAGAAAAGAAAUAAACGUAUCGAACAGACUGAAUGGUAAAUUGAAGUAUUUUUGUACGAGACGGUUAGUACCGUGCUUCUUUGGUUUUACACCACUGACUUCGAUGCUCUUUGGCUAAGCUGGACGCAUUUCAGCUAUUAAGGAUUUUAAUGACAAUAUAUUAUUGAAGUAACAUGACUGUAUCAUUCAUAGAGGUAGACAAAUAGUUCCAAAAUCUUCGUCCAGUUUAGUAAAGAAUUAUGUCAAGGAUAUUUUGUGCUUCGUAAGCAAUAUAAUCAACCAAAGAGUUCUCUCCUUGAAUGAUAUGUAUCACAUAGAAUAAGUUAUGCUGUGUGAAUUUGUAGUUUUUAACGUAUUUAUUUGUAGAUUUAUACAAUUGUUACAUGUUUAGAUGUUCGAUACGGUCGUGGCAGCUACGAUUACCCGUAAUCAACUUACCCAAUUAAGCUCAAGACGCAUAGAGGCGGUAUGUACUAAAACGGCACCGUGUAUGUUUUUUUUCUAUUAAAAAUAGAUUUGCGUUGGACCAUAAUCUCACCUGAUGGUAAGUGAUAAUGUGGCCUAUGAUAGACCACGCUCUCGUAGCAAAUACCUAUUCAUUUUAACUGUAAGAUUGUGAUAAUUUGGAAUGGAAUGUCCUUAGAUAGCGUUGUGAGCGUGUAACCUUGCGUGAAGUGUUGAACCCUACAAAACAUUGACAAAAUUUGGUUUCGAGUAAGUCCCAGUACCGCCUCUCUUGAGCUUUAAUGAUAUUUCCUGCCAGAGAUGUCAAUUCGUACCAAGUGAAAUAGACAUUGCCAUAGUUAAAAAGUUCUACUUAAAUUAAAUGUUAUUUUAAAGUAAAUACCCGGUCUGUAGUAAUUUUAUACAAAUGUUUUUUUUUUAUGUAGCAACAAAUGUUGCGUAUAAUGUUACAGGUAUCGUUGCAAGGCAUAUUGCGCUGUUACAAGAUGUGUUGCAAGAGUGCUCGAAGGUCGUAGCGCGAGUUACAACGUUCAUACAUAAAAACAGUACAUUUAAAUUGUUGCUUGUAACGUAGAGUGUAACGUUAUACGCACAUUUGUUGCUCAAUAAAUAUUUGACUAAGGCAAUAUUUAGAAAAGUCAUACUGUUCUAAACGGGAUAUAUUUAUAGUAAAUUACAACGAUUAACGUAGUAAUCAGCUUUAGCCCAAAGUGAAGGAGAUUUAGGAUACCAACAAAACAUAUUUUUAUUUUAGUGCUGAAAUAGUGAUAAGUCAUAUCAGAAAACCUACAUAUUAUUUCAUAAAUCGUUAGUUGUAGAAAAACUGCAUUUCGAAUUUAUACAAUUUCUUAAAAAUCAUGAUAUUUAUCUGCAAAAGGCAUGUUUCGAGAUCACUAGUUUUUAUUACUUUUUAUACAUGUAUAAUUAAAUAAAAAAUCAAAAAAUCGUAUUGUCAUCUUUGAUAAAAAUAAAUAUAUAAAAUGUCAUUGAAUACAAUAAUGUAAAAUUGUUAUAAUAUUUAUUCGAUAAACAAUCGUGGAUUUUAUGACAUUUCGAUGUAUAUAGUUGUAUUAUUGAAUAUUGGAAAAUGUACUAAAAUUGUAUAAAUAAUUGUAAUGUAUUUUAUUUUACAUUAAAUUGUUUAGUUCAAUUAGGUAAUAUUGCAUGUAUGAAUGUAUUUGAAAUUAAUUGUAAGUAUUAUUUAUAUAUGUACUUUAAUAAAAAAUGUGCCAGUUUAAAGGAGAGAAAAAUAAUCACAAAUAAAUAAAUAAGUUGAUAAAAAAAAUUAAUGUAACUUGAUACUUUUCUCUUCUCUAAGUGACAUUGGAAUUAUGCUAAUUAUCUGUUUAAGAUAAGCACCCGUAUGUUUUCGAAAUAUGCUUGCCAAAUGCCAUUUUGCCAUAGAUCAGGCCAGUUAUAUACAUCAGUAUAUAUUGUAUAUUUCAUACUUUUCUACCAAUUUUGGAACUUCCGUAAAAACAUUGCAAGUUCCUAUCGUUGUUGAAUAUUUUACGCAUAGUCAUCUGCCUAUUACAUUAUAUUUGGUUGUAUAUAUUGUUAUUGAUGUUGACUGUAGGUUUUAUUAGCGAUAAAGAUGAAUAAAUGUAAAUGUACUGA